AUGUGGCCCUGCAGAACACUACAGACCACCAAACUACAAUACACUACAAGGAAAAUAACAGCAUUCAACGCUUGUGACUUCCUAACUGAGUGGCUGUAUAAUCGGAACCCCCGCCGGCAGGGACAGGCCCCUGUGGACUUCCAUGAGAUCCCAUUUGUCAAGGACUGGCUCAGGAUACAUCCCAGGCCUCCCGUCCCUCUCUCCCUACUGCUGUCAGACCAGCAGGCUGCUGUUCUCCUCCAGUCCUUCUGGCGGGGCUAUAAGGUGCGGGCCCGUGCAGAUGUGCAGGAGCUGCGCCAGUGGCAGAGGGAGCUUAGAGAGGAUAACCGUGACAUCGCCAAAACGGUCCAAGAAUUCUGGGCUCACCAGGAGAGCCGGGUGAGCUCGGCCCUCAAUGACCUCAGGGGGGACUCCACCAUCCCUCAGACCCCUCAGCCCAGCGGUGGGUACUCCAACUCGGGCGUGUCCAUCCAGGUGGUCUCCCCCACCCCCCAGAGCACCGUGGUCCACACCCCCACAUUCCAGAUGAGUCCUGAGAGCACCGAGUCACUGACCUCCAGCCUGCAGGGAGUAGAGGAGCUGACCAGGGAGGAGAGGACACUAACUGACUCACUGACCCUGCCCGAGGCUGCUUCUGCUACGCUCACUGCAUUAGCCACCGCUAUGGACGCCUUUUCCCCAUCCUUAGGGAGCCACUGAAAGGCCAUAGAGACUGAGACGAUAUGUCCCCCAAAUGGCACCCUAUUCCCUAUACCAGGGCUGCCAAAUCCUGGUCCUGGAGGGCUGAAAUACUUCUGGUU